AAAUUAGUUGAAGUAUUGGCAAAUUGAAAACAGCACCACUACUUCCCACUUCUGGAUCGAAAAUAACAAACAAACUCAUCAAGUAUUUCUUCAAGAUGACCGCUGGUGGCGCGCGGUUGUUAGAUCGUCGGAGCUCGAAGAAAAUCAUCUGCGACGCCGCCGCCGCCGGUGCCACCGCAGGGGCUAUAGCUGCCACUUUUGUGUGCCCAUUGGAUGUGAUCAAAACCAGAUUGCAAGUCCAUGGCCUUCCUGAAGCUCACCAUUCUGUCCAAAAGGUAUUUGUUCUUGUAGUAUCAUUAUUACAAGCCUACAGAAUAUAAUACGAACCGAGGGUUUGAAGGGACUGUACCGUGGCCUUUCACCAACAUUGGUGGCACUACUUCCAAACUGGGCAGUGAGUAUUACUUUUCUCGAGUUGUUUCUUGAAGAUUAAUGACCAGUACUCCUUUAUUAUAGAAGCAAUUGCAGCUUCAAAUAUAUAUUAAAAAUU